GUUCAACAUUGAAAUUUAGUGAGAAAUUUUGAUUGUGAAAAGUCUGAAAACUAAAAUGUCUGAACUCAAACGAAAAACCAAAAAAUGCAGAAACAAAAAGUAUAUGAUGGGUGCAGACGUUACCCAGUAUAAUUGCCUAACAUUUGGUCAGUCAUUACGAGGCUUACCGUCCGAUGACAGCGAUUGCGAAGAGUAUGAACAAUUUUCUGGAAAUGAUAAAAGAAAAAAAGGCUCAAAAUAUCCAUUGGCAAAAAAGAAAUUUAAAAGUGAUUGCAGUCACAAGCUUUCUGAUUUGGAAUCAUCUUUGAAUUGGUCUCAUUUGAUACCAAAUGAAAUACUUUACAAAAUCUUUUUACUUGCUGUGUCCUCUGGUUCUUGUGUGCCUCUUUUGGCCAGAUUAUCAAGAGUAUGCCACAAAUGGCGGGACGUUGCAUCACAUUCUUCACUUUGGUGUUCAAUAGAUCUUUCUUUCAUGUCAAAUUCAUCUAAAGCAUGCGAUGAAACAAUAUAUUUUAUGAAGGCUAAAAAAAUGCUCAACAAUAUAAAAGAUUUAAGUUUAAAAGGAUGGACAAAGCUUACAAACUCUGGGUUGCAAGAAAUUUCAGAGCAUUGCAAGGAACUUGUCACCCUUGAUUUAUCAAGAUGUGAGAAAAUUGGUUCAAAUACCAUCUUAGAUGUUGCAAAGUCAUGCAGAAAUUUGACCUCAGUCGAUUUAUCUGCCACUAAUGUGAAUGGAGCAACUAUUAAAAAAAUAUUAUGUGACAAUGGAUCUCAACUGGAGAAACUUGUCUUGGCUAAUAACUUAAUUGGCUCAUCUGUAUUAUUGGCUAUAGAGUGCCAUUGCAAUCAGAUAAAAAUUUUGGAUCUUUCAUCCACAUCCAUCUCAACAUUUUCUGUUGAAAGGUUACAGGUAGCUUGUCCAAAUAUUCAGGAAUUACGUCUAUCCCAGUUAUCAUUAAUGCCAUCAAUUGUGUCAAACAAAGAAAUUGUGGCAUCUUCAGGGUUUCCUCAAUUGGAACUCUUGAGUUUAGCAACUCUCAAUAAAGGAGAUGGCAUAAAUGACAAUCUAUUGCUGAGAUUACUGAAAAGCUCAUGCAAGUUAAGACAACUUGACUUAAGAGGAUGUGAAAAAAUAACUCAUAUGGUGUUUGCUAGUUUACCAGUGGUUGCAUUGGAACAGUUACUAUUAUCACGAUGCAAGAUGUCAUGGACUGAUCUCUUUAAAAUAAUCAAUUCUAAGUGGCAAGAAAGUCUUAAAGAGUUAGAUGUUUCAUGGUGUAAAAAUUUAAGUGAUGCUUCAUUGCAAUAUCUACUCACUGGUGCCCAGAAUAAAGUUUUUGCCAAACUGGAUUUCUCUGGCACUGCAAUAUCAGCAAAUGGACUAAGAAUUAUUCUCAAGAAAUGCCAUAGUCUAAGUGAGCUCAACUUGACAUCAUGUCGUGGAAUAAAUCGUGGUCAGAAACAACUUCAUCAUGAAGAUGACAUAAAAGAAAUGAAGAGAAAUCUCAAAACUGCUUCAUGAGGUCCUUAUACUUAAGGUAUUUUCUCAAACAUUAUAUUACAUUAUUUUCCAUUACCAAGUCAUUGUUUUCAAAUCUUUCAAAUGAAAAGCGAGAAAGAUCAAGUGUUGUAAAAUGUCCAUCAAGUAUAAGUUCACUAAUUGCUCGACCUGCAGCAGGGCUCUGCUGCAAACCAUGGCCACUAAAGCCAUUGCAAAAGUAAAAAUUGUCAAUUUCUGGAUGUGCUGAAAUAAUACCAUUUUGAUCUAGAAUGUUGUAAUCAUAAUAUCCAACCCAAGCAUUAGAUACCUAUAAAUGGAAAGAAACAUUGUUUACAAUGAAAAAAAUAUAUUAUAGAUAAUAGUUAAGUACCUUGAGUUUCUCAAAUACAGGGAUUCUAUAGGCUAACUUUGGCCAAAUGUUUGUUUGAAAAUAUUCAAAGUCAACAUCAAAAUUUAGAUUGGCAUCAUAAUACUCUUCCUAUCAAACAUGUAACAUAUAAGACAUUGUCAGUCAUACUCAAUAUUGUCAUAUGUAUAUACACCAUACCUUUUCUGGGUGAGAUGCUACAAUGUAGUGUUUACUACACUCUGGUCGAAUAUAAAAAUUCUGAGUUGUAUCAAACAACAAUACUGGAUCAUUGAACCCAUCGGGACAAUGAACAACGUAGGUGACUCGUUUUGACGCUCUUACUGGAAGAUCAACAUUAACCAUAUGUGAUAAAGAGUUUGCCCAGGCACCUGUUGCAUUUACCAAAUGACCACAAUUAAGUUUUAUUAUUUCAUUGUUGGGUUUUUUCAACUAGAACAAUUCAGAGGCACAUAUUCAUUAAACAGGGCAUUGAUUAAUCAAUUUUGUAAAAAAAACAUGUCUUACCACAGCAUCACUUAUUUUAUAACCUUCCAUGUUCAAACUGAUGAUGUCCCCUUCAAUUAUGUGGACUCCCAUAGAACAAAUCUUGUUCUUGAGAUGAGUAAGCAAUAACCAAGGAUCAAACCAACCUUCUCCUAUGUCCACUAUUCAUCAUGAAUAAUAUACAUCAUAUCUAUAACAUUAGUUUAUAGAAAGAAAAGAAAACACAAGUAACUUAAGGAAACUUCAUACCAUUAGUUGCAAUGGCAAUUCCCUCAGUGUUCAACCAUGAAUAUUUUUCAAAUAAUUUUUCUUUUGACAAGGAUGAUAUAUUAACGUUUUCUGUCCUAGAAAAGUGACAAUAUAUUUAGUCACAAUGAUAUAUUUGCAAUGUAUUGCACGCGAACACCUUUGUAUUUCAAUGUUUUCUUCUAAUACGGCUUUUCCACUUUCAGAUGCAAGAAAACAGUACGUUCCAUAUUUAAGUUGAACGUCUACAAAAUCUUCGCUUUCACUACCAAGAUAACAGUUCAAAUUUUUUAGAAAAUCAAAUCCAAAUUGAGACAUUUGAAUGUUUUCAGGAAUCGAGAAUUGAUGACGAAUGGAUCCCCAAGAUCUUACGGACGAAUUUUGCUUGAACUGGCCCAAAAUAAAGUGUACGUGUUAAAAAAAGACAUCAGAAAAUGAUCAUGAACAAAGAUUAUGUAAAAUACCUGAAGAUCACGCUCUACCACGCAAACACUAGAAGGAGUAAUUCUCCUUGCUAAGAAAUACGCAACACUUAAACCCAUCAAACCUCCUCCCGCUAUAACAACAUCGUAAGAUUUUUCAUUGUCGACAGAAAAGCUUCGUUUAAUUAAUGAAAAAAAUAAUCCAAA